AAUCAAAACAAUAUUCUUCUCUCUCCUCUACUACUUUUUUCGCUUGGCACUAUAAGAAAUUAUGAAGUUUUUUAAUAAUUCUCUUAACAUCUAUUUAUCAAUCUGUGUAAUCUUGGUAACUCUAAGCUACUGUAAUGCGAUAAGCAAUGGCAAACUCUGUGAAAAUGUUGGAAGAUGGGGAAGCUGUGCAUGGGGUCAAGGUUCGGUUACAAGAUGCUUUAGGGACAAUUACUUUUAUUGCUGUCGCGCACGAAGAUGUAGGGACUGCGGCUGUUAAUUAUUCUUUUUCCGGAUACACAUCGGCU